GAAUAUUAACAAAACGGGGCUCCAUGCAGACUCUCACGCCUGUCUCGCAUUCUGGUCCUUGACAUUGAAAAGGUCUGGGAAACCCUGGGGCUAAAUUAUCCCAGGCGCGGGCACGGGAUCGGUUGUGCGCGCUCCCGGUGUGCGAGUGCAGAUUCUCAGCAGUCAGUCAGACAGUCGCGGCUCUCCGGGAUGACUCCCACACUGCCUCAGCGAUGUCGCACCCCAGCAUAGAUUUUAAUCCCAAAAACCAUCUACCUCAGAUGAUCCGCUGGAGCCUGCGUGUGUGCGUGUGUGUGUGUCCGAGAUGAGCGAUUCUGCAGUGCGAUGCUGACGGCAUGUUUCCUCGUCGAGAAGCUCCGCGCUGUGCAGCAUAGAGGAGGCAGCAGAGUGGAACAACGUGCACAGUUACAGCGGGCUGUUGCAGUCAGGCAGCAUCAUGGAGGCUGGAUGUGUGGUUGCCGCGGUGAUUGAGAAUGCUGCCUCAGGACACCAGGGUGAACCAGGAAGUAGUGACCUCCUUGAAGGAGAGUUGCUGCAGACUACUGACCUGGACAAAGACGAUGCCUUACCUCAUGUUAUCAACAAUAAUCCUCCAGUAGAAAAACAACCACAGGAGACAUCCACUGCCAUGGUGAGGAGUGAUGAUAUCACCGAGCUACCAGCUGAGCCCCUCCUGCGCUCCUGCGUCAGCACGGCAAGCAUGAAGGUCAAGAACGUGAAGAAGCUAACGUUCCCUAGAGGUCACUUCCCCAGGUUGGAAGAGUGUGCCCAUUUCCACUAUGAGACUGUUGACUUUGGCAAUGUUCAGUUGUCAUUUGCAGAGGGGCAGAGUGAAGGACCGAAGGCUGGUCUGGACUCCAAAGAGCUGGUCUUUCUGGUCCAGAUCACCUGCCAGGGUCGAAAUUGGCUGGUGAAGAGGUCCUACGAAGACUUCCGGGUGCUUGACAAACACCUGCACCUGUGUAUCUAUGACCGCCGCUACUCACAGCUCAAUGAGCUGCCACGGAAUGACACAUUAAAGGACACUGUUGAGGAGUCAAUCACAAAGAUGUUAGCCACCUAUCUCUCCCGCUUCUCCGCCAUCGCUGACAACAAGAUCAACUGUGGUCCAGUCCUCACAUGGAUGGAGAUUGACAACAAGGGGAACCAUCUGUUAGUCUCUGAGGAAGCCUCAAUCAAUGUCCCUGCCAUCGCUGCCGCCCACGUCACCAAACGUUACACAGCACAGGCCACGGAUGAGUUAACCUUUGAGGUUGGGGACAUUGUGUCAGUCAUUGACAUGCCUCCUAAAGAAGACACAGGCUGGUGGAGAGGGAAACAUGGCUUUCAGGUUGGUUUCUUCCCCUGCGACUGUGUUGAGCUGAUAAAUGACAAGAUUCCCCCCAGCGUUCAAAGCUCGGUGCCAAAGCCAGUGUGCAAGAAGCAUGGGAAGCUGGUAACCUUCCUGAGGACUUUUAUGAAGUCUCGACCGCCGCCUCAGAAACUGCGGCAGCGUGGGAUCCUCAGAGAGAGAGUGUUUGGCUGUGACUUGGGGGAACAUCUCCACAACUCAGGACAUGAAGUCCCACAGGUUGUGAAGAGCUGUGCUGACUUCAUAGAGAAACAUGGAGUCGUGGAUGGAAUAUACAGACUGUCUGGAAUCUCUUCAAACAUCCAGAAGCUGAGGCAUGAGUUUGACUCAGAACAGAUCCCAGACCUGACCAGGGACGUCUACAGACAGGAUAUACACUCAGUGGGCUCCCUUUGUAAGCUGUACUUCAGAGAGCUGCCGAACCCUCUGCUCACCUAUCAGCUCUACGACAGAUUCUCAGAUGCUGUAUCUGCAGCCACAGAUGAGGAGAGGCUGGUCAAAAUCCACAAUGUCAUUCAGCAACUGCCUCCUCCACACUACAGGACUCUGGAGUACCUCAUGAGACACCUCUCCCACCUGGCCACCUUCAGCUCCAUCACCAACAUGCACACUAAAAACCUGGCCAUUGUCUGGGCGCCUAACCUCCUCAGGUCCAGACAGAUCGAGUCGGCCUGUUUUAGCGGCACAGCAGCGUUCAUGGAGGUGCGUAUCCAGUCUGUGGUGGUAGAGUUCAUCCUCAACAACACCGAGGCUCUCUUCAGUCCUAAACUCAAUGCCAUCAUACGGGAAAGCACAGGUAACAACACCUUAUCCAGACCUAAAUCCCUGCUAGUCUGCUCCCCAUCCACAAAGUUACUGUCUCUGGAGGAGGCUCAGGCUCGCACUCAGGCACACCUCAACUCCCCAACCACAACGCCCUCCCUCACCCCCAGUGACUUCAUCGAGGUUGGGGAGGGACCCGGAGCUCUGCUUGGCAAGUUCCACACAGUCAUCGAGCUCCCCAUGGAGAGCACUAAGCGGCCUUCUGCUAAAGCUAAGAAGUCUCCAGUGGGGAACUGGCUCUCCUUUUUCCACCUAGGCAAGUCCCAGUCUGUAUCCAAACGGAAACUGAAGCGUCACCCCAGCGAGCCUAACGAGAUAAAGAGCAUCGCACUGCCAGGUGGAAGAGGAGAUAGUGGCACGUUGCGCUCCACCAAAAGUGAAGAAUCUCUCACAUCUUUGCACAAUGUGGAAGGGGAACCUCCAAGUUACCGCCCGCGUAGACCUCGUUCGACAAGUGAGGCCCAUUCUGCCAUCUGUAAAGAUGACUUACGCAAACCUAGAAGUAAAGAUGUCCCUAAAACCCACCCACUGAAUGAAAGUCAUGAUGGUGCUGAUCGGGUUCGCAGCACAGCAUGUAUUUCACCUCCACACCAAGACGACGAUCUUGAUCUUUGUCCUCCUGCUGCGGGCAUUUUUAGUUUGGACUUUGACCCCAUGUCUUUUCAGUUUAGCCCAACCUCAGGGACACCUGGGCUGCGACACAACAAAGAUGGAACUAAAUGGAGGAAGAGUGCAGGGUGCUCAAGUGAAUCAGAGCCCAUCUCCUCCCCAAACAACAACAUUAGCUGCCCUCAGUCUCCAGAUAUUAGUCCGGUUCUUGGUAAAUAUGCGAAGAAGGUUACCUCCAAGCCACUUUCCCCUAAACUCAGGAAGAAAUCUCUUAGAACCCAAGCUGAUGUGUUAAAUGCAACUGCCACUCCUCCACCUCUUCCCUCCUCCUCUCCUCCUUUGGAGAGACAUGAGUCUCUACUGAAAGAUGGAAAAGAACAGAGAGCACCCUACCCACACUGCAGCCCACUCAGCACAGCGAGCCAGGCGUCAGCCCUGACUGACCUCAGUCAGUCUGCACAGAAUCUGCCUGAUCCAGGAACAGAUAGACUUAUGAGUUCAGUAUCUGUUCUCCCUCCUCACCCUCCCUUGACGAGUGCUGCCCGCAAGUUGGCUUUGGCUCUAGCUGAAUCUGCCCAGAAGGCCAGUAGUGGUUCCCAGAGAAGAAAAAACAUCCCGUCACACCCUCUCCAGAGACACGAAGCUGCUUAUGCUGAGGAGAGACCUUCCCGGCCUUCAGUUCUGGAUCUUAAACUGUAUCCCCAAGAGUACUUCAGCCCUCAUUCCCCCUCUGUUUCCAAGUGGCAAACAUCAGCGCGCAGCCCUGUGGAGAGCCACUGCUGCCCUCAUCCAGUUCAUUUCCUGCCUGCUCACCUUGACCCAGAGCUGUUACGAACAACUGACAGACAAGAGCGCAUGUGCAAUUUCACCCCUAACGUGAGUCCACUCGGGUCAGGGAGCCUGGACGAAGGCAGUGCAGAGAGGAGGGACUGCAGAGAGGACAUAGACCUCAGAGAUCUUACACAAGCAGAACCCGCCUUCCAUAGUGUUGGCGUUUCAACACCAACCCAACCUGCCUGCUCAGGAGAGAGCCCAUCAACUUCUCCCGUAUAUGUGAACACCGACUCAAUCAAUGUAUUUAACUUCCGUGCUAUUCUGGCAGAGACCUCCAUGCCUGCCUCAAUCGAGGAGGUCCGUUCACGUCCUUUACAGUCCUCCUCCUUCCAUCACUACAACACAGAGGACGACAGACCUUUGGGCCUUGUUGAGGAUUUCUACAGUCAUCAUCCUCAGCAUCAUCAUCAUCAUCAGCCAUAUCAAACUGGACGAACGCCUGCCCAUUACUGCCCUCGGCCCAGUGCUUUGCCACAUCACCUUGUGGGGCCCAAGAGUUUGUACAGGCAGUCCUCUGAAGGUCGCUACAGCAGUUUAGGGUUACGACACCCUUUGUCACCUCAAUUACGUUACCACAGAGGGGAGCACCUUAUCAGGGGCUCUCACAGGCAACAAGGACAAUGGCAGAGGUCGGAAGACAGAAUAGUAAGGCACCCGGCAAUUCGGAGGGCUCGCUCCUUCCAUGCCCCUCAGAUUAGUCACUACGAGCUAGCGGAGACAGAAGUUCUGCCCCCUGACACCAUGUUUUAUGUCGAGCAGACAGCAAGCCAGGAGGCACCCUAUCAGAGGCUGAUUCAGACCGGCAUCCAGCCUGUCAAGUCACACUUUGAGAACCCACAGUCUGACUAUCCUUACAACCCCUAUUCUGAUAUGAGCCAAGUAGAUGUCACCCAUUGUUACGUCGAGCCAAGUCGGCAACGUGGUGUCCAACACAGUCAGUCAUACACUGUGCGGUCAACAAGGGAAGGGGGACAAUCAGAUUACUACAACUACUCUCCACAGCGUGUCACUCCUACGAACAGGGAGCUUUACAUAAAAAGCAGGGACACUGUGGUUUAUGAGGCGAGAGAUGCUGAAUUAUUUGAAAGAGUCGUAUAUCAACCAGUCCAGCAGGAGAGUAAAUCCAGACAUAAAAAUACACGUCCAGUUGUGUCACCUCUGGAGAGCCCUGAAUCACCGACUGAUGCAAGAAGCAGAGAUAUAAUGCACACAAGAAGCAAGUCAGACCCUGGGAACGCCUGCCUCCUCUCCACAAACAGGGAAGAAAAAGAAAAUAUUGCAGUUGACACGAGCCCAACUUCCCUGAGGUGUCAUCAGGAUGAUCUUGAGGUCAUUAGGGAGCAGUGUAGGCACCGGUCAAGUGCUGAUCCUGGGAAGUCCAGGCAGAGUCACAUCCAAGAGAGAUCCUCACGGCAGCCACCUCUUCGCAAAGUCCCCUCACUUCCAGAAAGAGGCUGUGCCAACAUCAAGAACAUCGAGCAUAAUGACAGAAGCCAAACACGGGGUCACGACCACGAUCGACUAAUGAUGACCAAUGCGAUCAACAGCUACUCUGGUCUUGUGAAACCCAGUAUCCUUAGGAGGCCAGGGAGGUCGCAGAGCACUAGGGAACAUCGACACUACUAUCAUCAUCACGCCAAAUCCCCUCAAGAUCCUGAACAUCUUGGAUCCUUUUCUUCUCAGCCCACCAGAAGGACUCAGAGCACUAAAGUCAGGCCCACACAAUAUGACCACAUGGAGGGGUAUUACCAAGCGCCAAGACCUAAAGCCACAAGAUCCGGUAAAGCCGUGGGCGAAUAUUUGCCUGGCCCAGGCUGCAUGUCUCCUCGCGGGCAGAGACUUCUGUCCAAGGCUCUAGGUCAUGAUGCAUUUUAUCAUGCUGCACUGAGAUCAGAGGCCGGGGUCUACGAGUGAUUCUGACCACUGGUUUUAUCUGAUUCUACAUUGGGGCCAAAGGAGAACAGCACUUUAUCCUCUGCCAGACCAACAGACUGUUGUGUUGAAAGUGUUUGCUUUAACAUUCAGGAGCUGCUAAAAAGUGUGAAGUGAGCCUGCUGCUGGAAAUCAUUCUGUCCCCACUGGUAGUUUCAUAUUUUGCGAUGGUUUUUGGGGAGCUCAAGGACUAAAUGUGAAUCAUAUGCAGUUAGUGUCUUAAAUUUAGGGUUUUGAAAGUAACCGUAAGAGAGGCAUGUUUGAGAAAUUUGCUGGCUUAUAUAUUUUAUUUAAUGUCUAAACAACAUAAAAUGAAAACUGAAGUAAUUGGUUCUAUUAAUGUGAUUUCAGUGUAGGAAUGUGUAUAAAUAAACAUUCAUUUUAAAUGUAUCAUAUUUGUAUAAACAACACACCGCUAACAUGUGGCAAAUGUACUGUACAUUUUGUUUUCUAUUCUAGUCUGCUCAGACUUCAACAAGCACUUUUGAUGAAAACUGUGUAUGAAACACAUUGUCUUAAUGUGGUGUACAUGCAGCCUCUUGAUAUACAGUAUCUAUUUUUUUCUGUAAAAAAAAGCUUGCUUUGAAUCAUUGUUGAUUACUAAAUUAGCACUUUUCAAGAGAUAAAAUGAAAUAAGACCUCAUGGUUUCUAACUUUUCACUUUUUCUUUAUCACACAUUGUGUAAUGCAAACUUAAAAAUAACAAUGAGUGCUAUGAUAUCAGUUAAGGUCAAAGCUACUGUGGCUAAAUAUGCUAGUUCUACAGUAAAUGCAAAUGAGCUUAUUCGGUAAAGUGUAUUUUGUAUGGCAUUGUGGUUUUGUCACUAAAUGAACAUUUCUUUCCUCUUUUAGGGAACUUUUAACAAUGUGUUGUUUUAAAUAAAAUAUGAUGUUGUUUUAUUCAUUAAAGAUGCUAUUUCAAAUCCGAACAUGUAGAUGAGGAUAUUCUGUGAAGACAUGUUUAAAUGCAUUAUUUUAGUAUGAGUCUUGAAAAAAAUAAAGUUAUAUUAUAUCAUU